UUAUUUAUUAAAUUUCUUAAUAAAAAACAUUUAUAACUUAUGCAAAAUCUAAACAAUUAAAUAUCAAAAAUGCAAAUAAUUGAUGUAAAUGAUCGUGAAAAAUUAUCCACCUUAGUAAUACAAGAAUUAAAAGAAAUUGGUGUAAAAUAUCGCAAAGAUAAAAAAAUAAAACCAUCACAAGAAAAAACAUGUCGCAAACGCAUUUUCCGCACUCACUUGCAUCUACUCGAAUUGACAGAUGUUAUUUUGGCCAGCGGCAGCGUUGUCCAAAUUCCACGAUUCGUUGCAGACGCUUGCAAUCGAAUCUUGGAACAAGUCGAAACAGAAGGUCUCUUUCGCAAAGCUGGCUCCUCUUUGAGACAAAAAGAAAUCCGAAUCAGUCUUGAAGCGGGUUUGCCACUGGGAAAGACCCAUCACGUCAUUGACGUGGCCAAUGUUGUCAAGUCUUUCUUUCGUGAACUACCCGAACCUUUGCUCCCCUCCUACAUUCAAGAGACUCUCCUCCGGGCCCUCCUAAUCGGUGACAAUCGCAUAAAAGCGAUUCUCUUGGCCAUUCUCUUGCUUCCUCCUCUCACAAUUAACACACUUUCCUUCUUCCUUCAAUUCCUUAAUACAGUCUCCCUUUAUUCCCAUAUGAAUAAAAUGCCAGUUGAGAAUUUGGCAAUCAUAUUCACACCUGGUUUGAUGCCAUUUCCCGACAUUGCCAGUUUGCGUUUUAACAAUCAUGUGAAAAUGGUUCAACUUUUAAUUGAGAAUGCACAUUCCAUUGGAACUGUCCCUGAUUGUAUUGUGGACAAAUUGCAUAUCCAAGAGAUUUAUUCAAAAAGUUCGAGUAAAUCAAAAUCAGUGGAAGCUCUGGAUGUGAAGAAGAAAAAGAAAAGACGCAGCGGUUCGCUUACUCAAAUGUUUAAUGGAUUGAGAAAAAUGGUUGGAGGAGCUAUUGGAAGUGCUGAGAAUUUAGGACACACACCGGAGAAUACAAAAACGCCACCAAUGAUUAAGAAUCCGGUGGCAGCUACGCCAUGUUUGUCAAAGUCUUCAAAGAAGAGAAAGUUUGCUGAUCCUGUUUGUGCUUUUAGUGCAAAAAAGAAGAAAGAUCUGCUUGCAUUGUUGCCAAGUAAUAGUGGUGGAUUUUUACCCAAUACACCUUUGGUCAAGGAGUCCAAAAAGACACGCCUUAGCCUAGGAGGCCGUCGACAACCGAAGAAAACCUCACCAGCAGCACCAGCUCUACCAUCAAUGGAACGACGUUGGAGUAUUGUCGGGUCAGGAUGGCCUCGUAACAAGAAAUCUGACAAAAAAGAACCAACUUCAACAAUAACAAAACCUCUAUCUCCAGUUGCCUCGAUGCCAUGUAUUUCAAAACUAGAUUUCCCCAGAGUCGAGUAUCCAGCUGUCGAACCAUCUAGCUUUGUCGACAGCUCCGUCCCAGACUCCACCACUGAUAUAGAAAAGAACACAAGUGAAACAUCCGAUGGAGAAUUUGUGCGAGUUCCAAAGAACUAUUAUGAAUCAAUAAUAGAACGCGUUUCUGCCAUUGAAACUCGAAUGUCGCAAGAAUUUGGAAAAAUUCAAAAUUCCUUAUCUAGCGGGGAUGAUCUCGAUUUGAGUAUUAAACAAGCUCGUCUUUCCAGCGAUGACCGAUUAAAUUGUAGCAUGAGUGGUUUGGAAAGAGUUUUGAAUGAAUACGAGCAAACUAAAGAAGAAACCGAACGACUAACGUCUCCAUACACAGAAAAUCUUGCCAAAAGAUUAAGUCGGGAAUUGAAAAUUCGACGCAGUUCGGAAAAUCGUAUUAUUCGGUCACCAAGUGCCCGUAAAAUUGGCACAAUGAGAAGGCGCUCUAGAGAGGCAGCCAGAUUGACUAGAAACAAAACAUGGCACGAUAGUUCCACUUCUGAGAAAGUAACUGCCAAAAAACCGGUGAUAUUGUAUCCACCAAAACCUGCACAAGAUUUUUGUUCUAAAUGUAAUCUCAAAAGAGGUCGCCCAAAUACACUCAAUACCGGGCUACCCCAACAAUGCACUCCGGUGGAUGAUAAAAAGAUGAGUUGUGGAAGCUCAGAGGCAAGCACAAAUGCUGAAGAAAAAUGGACAGCUGGAGAAGUAUUCUUUGAUUCAAAGAAGGUUCUUAAAUAUGGCUUGGAACAUAAGCCCUUGGAAGAGUGUAUUCCAUCAACUCCAACAACAGCAAAGCCAGAACCAUUUCCAGAGAUGAAAACACCAAUGUUGCCACCGAGAUCAAUUCGCCGAAAAGCAAUCGGAAACAACCGAACUCCUGCCUCAGCCAUGAGGUUGGUUCCAACCAGGAUUUUGUCCACACCCUGUGACGAUGAGGUAAAUGGUAGAGCAUCGAUUGCCAGAUUGAGAACACAAAAUGCUGGAAUGGUCAUGGCAAAAGCGAAGCUCUUUGACGGUUUGGGAAGUAAUGAAAACGAAGCUAUACCACCAUCUACACCAACAACAACUACAAAUAAUCGCCGCAAAAGUAUAAGACUUCCUGCUCCACAAUUAAAUUUGAAAAAUAAAAUGGAUGAAGUGAAGAUAUCGGGAACAGACGAUUCACCAUCGGUGCGCAAGAAGAAUAUCACAAAAAGUCCAGGUUAUAUUCAAAAGAGACAGCGUUUGUGUUUGGCUGCCAAGGUGCCAAGUAAGCAGUUUUUGGAUUCGAUGGUUAAUGAAGAUAAACUUUUAUCGAAAAUGUCACCAAUUAAUAUUUCGUUGAAAAAUAUUUCAAACAAAAAUCGGUGUUCAAAUAGUCCAAGGACUCCAAAGGCACGUAAUAAUCAUUUUGGUGGUGGUGGUGGGGUGAAUUCUCCAAGACGUGGGCGUAAUCCGAAUUCGGCUGGAGGCUCACGGAAGAGAACUCCACAUAAAGUCAAUACAAAUACACCAGCUGGAACGAGAAAAUCUCCGCGUUAUGUCAACGGAAAUGGAAGAACUUGAUCUGGUGAAGCAUUUUUUAAAUGACUUUCUUUUUCAUUUUUAAUUAUUAUUAUUUUUUUCUUGAUGCCAUUUAUGUUUUUAUUAUUACUCUUAUAUCUAUUUACUCGAUGUAUCUUUUUAUCUAUUUUAUAUAUUUAAAAGAAAAUACACUCUGUUCUGUGUAUUGUAACUUAUUAUUGGACUUAAAAAAUAUUAAUAAAGAUUUUUUAUUAUUAAAUCUAACAAAGUGA